GAGGGAUUGGCAGAGAGGGGUGGAGGCAAGUGGAGGGAUUGGCAGAGAGGGAUGGAGGCCAGUGGAGGGAUUGGCAGAGAGGGAUGGAGGCCAGUGGAGGGAUUGGCAGAGAGGGGUGGCAGAUACAGAACGGUUAGUAAGGUGGAUGAGUCUGGCAGCAGCAUUCCUGAUAGACUGAAGGGGGGAUAGCCUGCGAUGAUGUCGGCCAAUGAGGAGGGAGUUACAGUAGUCAAGGCGAGGUUGCUUAGUGGUUUCCCGAGGUUAGGAAUGGCA